AUUCCAUCCUCGAGAUGCGCGAGGUGGCAGAGGAAGAAAACCAGCCAGGGUGCGGACGCCGUCUGCCAUGGGGGAAGGUACGGAGCAAAGCUACGCGAGCUACGCCAGCACGGGCAGCGAGCUAUCAGUAAUUCAAAGCGAGUACGCCACUGCAACGCGCAACGAAGAACGCAAAGAUGAGGACACUUACCCCGACGAAAUUGUUCCCAUCAUAUGCUGCUGCAUCCUUAUCCUGCUCAUCCUCAUGAUCAUUCUGCUCAUCCUUAUCUCCAACGUCUACGUCACUGAAUACGAUGAGACUGAUGACACGGCGUCGGCGACAUACGGCAAAGAUUUACGAACGCCGCGAACAACGUACAACGGUAGCAGCAGCACUACUCAAAGGGUGUCACCGAGCAGCGGACGAGGCAGCAGAAAACCUGGCGGAUAUCCUGGUAGUGGACAGUACCCAGGUCGUACUCGAUAUCCUGGUAGCGGACAUACCUCGGGUGGCGGACACCUACCAGGGGGCGGACGCGUGACAAGCGGUGGAAAAUACCCUGGUAGAAGACCUGUGCCCGGUGGUGGACGCAUUCCUGGUAGCGGUCGACAUGUCCCUGGUAGUGCACACAUGCCUGGUGGCAGACAGAUUCCAGGAAGUGGAUCCAGACCUGGUAGUGGUCACACUCCUGGUGGUGGACAGGUCCCCGGUGGGGGUCAAGUUCCUGGGGGCAGACAAGUACCUGGUGGUGGCUCUGGUCCUGGUGGCAGACAUGUUCCAGGUGGCAGACCCGUUCCAGGCAGCGGACGUGUCCCUGGAGGUUCAAGGGUCCCAGGUGGAGGUCAGGUGCCUGGUGGUGGACAUGGCCCGGGCAGCGGGAAAGUUCCUGGUGGAGGGCAUGCGCCGGGUAGAAGGCACGUCCCUGGAGGACACGUGCCCGGAGGCAGACAGGUCCCAGGAAGUGGGCGAAUACCUGGAGGUGGAAACGUCCCUGGCGGCCACGGACCUAGCCCUGGUACUGGGCGUGUCCCAGGCAGUGGACAAGUCCCUGGCCCUGGACAAGUUCCUGGACAUGGACAAGUGCCUGGUGGUAGACCCACUCCAGCUGGUACUCGCGUUCCUGGUGCUGGACGUGUUCCUGGUGGUGGACGCGUACCUGGCGGUGGGCAGGCGCCAGGCAGUGGGCACAUCCCUGGUGGCAGACCGGCUCCAGGAAGUGCGCACAUGCCUGGAAGUGGGAAAAUCCCUGGUGGCGGACACAUGCCUGGCGGCAGACCUCUUCCUGGUGGUACGCGCGUCCCAGGCAGUGGAAAAAUCCCUAGUGCUGGGCGAGUGCCAGGUGGUAGACCCACCCCAAGCAGUGGUGGCAUCCCUGGUGCUCGACCUGUUCCUGGUGCUGGACGCAUGCCUAGUGGUGGGCACACCCCUGGUGGCCCAAAGGUCCCAGGAAGUGGCCGCAUGCCUGGUGGCGGACACGGCCCUGGUGGCGGCCAUGUCCCAGGUGGUGGACAAGUCCCUGGUGGUGGACAUGUCCCUGGUGGCAGACCCGUCCCUGGCAGUGGACGCGUCCCAGGUGGUGGACACGUCCCUGGCGGUGGACACGGUCCUGGUGGUGGACGCGUUCCUGGCAGGGGUCCCGUUCCUGGCGGGGGUCGCCUUCCUGGUGGUGGACACGUGCCAGGAGGUGGUAGUGUUCCCGGUGGCGGCCACGUCCCAGGUGGUAGACCAGUCCCUGGUGGCGGACGCGUCCCUGGUGGUGGACACACCCCUGGUGGAGGACGCGUCCCUGGUGGUGGACAAGUCCCAGGUGGUGGACAUGUCCCUGGUGGUGGGCACGUACCAGGUGGUGGACGUGUCCCUGGCGGUGGAGUCACUCCUGGUGGUGGACGCGUUCCUGGUGGGCGUCCCGUUCCAGGUGGCGGCCAUGUUCCAGGUGGCACGCAGGUCCCUGGUGCCAAACCUAUUCCAGGCGGUCGCCCAACGCCGAGACCACAACAACCGGGAUCUCCCACUCGGCCCAGACCUACCCCUGCAGCUCCCAGACCUACGCCUGCAACUCCCAGACCCACCCCGGCAGCCACCACGCCGACCACGACCCCUCCCCCUACGAAGUUCACCCUCAUCUGUGUCUUCGAAUACCUACCAUUCGUACUUCCUAGCAAAGUCCUCCAGUGCACGGAUUAUGUGUACAUCCGGUUCUUCGUGUACUCGAGACGCGCCAACCAGGACCCGCUUGUGUUCGACAAGAAGAAGCGAUAUGAUGGCACCGUUAAGCUGUACUACGACGACACCGCUGAAGUAUGGAGCAAGCUGAGCGACUACAAGGUCCUGGACAACUACGUGAGAAACAGCAAGCGCGCCUUGAACAACGCACGCUGGUUUCUCGGCAUGUGGGGCGCCACGUUCACCCGCCUCAUGUCGGGUCUGUGGGACGAGGACCGCUUCCGGGCUGAACUUCGUGAAACGCUUCGGGGCAACUUCAGUGCCAAGCUGAAAAUCACUGACAUCGACGGGUUUGCCAUAAUCAACACCAUCAUCGCGGACACAAGGCCACUGGGCCGUGCACAGCCGUUCGGCGCAGCCUUCCGGUCAGUAAAGGAUCCCAUACUGGAACCGAACUGGGCCUACAUUCACACGGCAGCCAUUUGGCCAGGUGGACCGUCGUUGGUUCCAGAAUCAAUGGUGGCCAACAUACUCAGGGAUGCGGACGUGGUGGGGAUAAGCACGAGCAAUAGCACCGACGAGAGCAACAUCAUCCUGCGCCGAGCGUCGGGCAACGUCGUUCCCUACUUGGCCGCUUCUCCGCCUAACCCCAUCAUGCCAGCCGGUCCAGGCACCCGAGGAAUGCUGGACAUUCUGAAGGACUUCCCGCACUGGAAGCAGGUGCUUCAUCGCCCGAAGCUCUGCUUCUCCGUGACCUCGGCCAUCAACUACGCGCAUAGCAGCGCAGAUAACAUCGAUUUUGUCCACCCUAUCCGCCAGCCGGAGGACGUGCAACGAUUCAGCCGGCUAAGGUUCACGAACACCACCAGCAGGGGCAAGUACCCGGUAGAGGAAAAAGGAGGGACCUCCUAUUACUUCGACAACACAACGUACACGCACUUUUGGCGUUUCGUUCGCAAUGGCAAAUUGUUGACCUUCUUUGCGUACGACACGGGAUCGACGCUGUCAUACAAGAUGACGGAGAUGCUCAAGGCUUACGGAGAUGACAAAUGCGUUGUCUUUGACGAUUUGGGAGAAGACGCCGUGGCGAGGAGCUUCACCGUCGGUGGCAAGAGUGUUCACUUCGGGAAGUUCGAGUUGAUUUCGGCCGUGCAGGAUGCAAUGCAGAAGAAAUACGGAGCGCCAUCUCCCGGAUAGAGAAGAUGACAUGAACUAAGUUGAGCCUGUACGUCACUCAGCACGCGGUAAGGAAAGUGACGUCUGGGUCAACAAGAGAUGACUAUUUACACGCAGUCUUCACGAGCAGUGACAGUUUUACAAUGGUACAAAAUGCCCUCUGUUUAUCGAUGUGGUGGGCAACUGCGGUUGACCACGUCGUUGCUGCUUUGCUUGGAAUUAUUUCUCCCAAUUGCAGUCACCCAGUCAACGUGAAUGUUCCUGUUUACUUAGUUCUUUCUUCCCCUAUGAACGCACUGAUUUUUAACGUUGUGAUGUGAUUACUUUGGCUAUGGUGUGUACAUUGCUCUUCACGGUCGCCCACAUUAUGCUGCUUUGACAGUGUGCAUAGUUUCUUGCUUUUUCUCUUGACGCUAUGAAACAUUCGACUUCUGUGAAACGCGAUACAUUGGCGACUCAUCGCGAAGUGUCAACGAUUGGAACCAACGCCAAAGUAUGGCUGAGCAUGCUCCAUGGGUGUGUGAACAGUGAUCCACACAACUACGCGCCAUACGGUCACAUUACGUGAAUAGUGACACUUGUGUUGUUAGCAGUUUACGAACAUAAUCACCCUUGACGCCAUCGCUUUACUGUUGACGAGCUGGACAGAUUCACUUCAUCUCGCAAGUGGCAACCUGUAGCUGCGCCAUAAGGAGCAAUUUAUUUUUUUUCUAGUAUUUAAAUUUUUCGCUCUCUUUCUUUCUCAAUACCUUCAAUUAUGCGCAUUUAUGUUGUCGGAAAACAUGGGUAUAGAAGGAUAAUUUUAUUAAUUCAAGUAUCGAUUCGACACAGGACUCGUCCUGUCUUCGCACGAGCCACCAUAAUUGUCUUUUGGUACUGCUGAUGAGAACGCGCUUAGCGUCGGUGUGACGACAUGCAAAAUUUUGCACACGUAUAUAACUUUAAACCUUGUUUGAGAAAGGAUCACUGAAGUGGUGAUGGUUUGAAGUGCCGUGCAGGAGAGCUGCCGUGGUUGCACGCAGACACUUUCUGAUCAAAUGUGCGGAGCAGAUCACCUUGGCUGACUUAUUUAUAAUAUUUGAAUAAUAAUAAUUCUCUUUCUGCUAGCCCAAAAUUUUUUUUUCAGGAUGGAUUUAGUUUGUCAUUAUUGAUACUGCCAGUUUUGCAACGUCUGCGUGCGCUCUUCUAAACUUUCAUUAUUGCCAUUUUUUGAUGAAAAUUACCACCUUGCCUUUUCUUUCUUGUAAUUAUAAGGGAAUAUGUUCUCAUGUGAA